AUGGCUGAUAAAGAAGCAAUGGUGUUGUCACUAGAGUCCAGAUUACUUUUUUCUCUGUUGUCUUUGUUGCAGGUGAAAAAGGAUCAGGGUGUCCCAGUCUACGUCAUCAACCUUCUCUUUUCUGAUCUCAUUCAGUUCUGCGGAAGAAUUGCAUUUAAUUUAGAUUGGUAUGAUAUCGGCCGUGGUUUCACAUAUUUUGGUUUGACGGCCAGUGUUGGAUUCAUGGUCUGUAUCUCCUUGGAAAGGUAUUUGGUCAUCGCCAAGCCACUGUGGUACAGAUUCAGGAGAAACAUCAAGACAUCUCUGAUGGUCUGCAUUGUGGUCUGGACUCUUUGCUUUCCAGUUCUGCUAUCUUUUAAUUUGGCUAUUGAUCGUAUUACUGUUAAUACAAUUACUUUCAUUGUCAUACCAUGUUUUCUCCUUCUGCCCUUUCCCUUCUUCGUCUUCUUCUUGGUUGGGACUAUUAAAGCUCUGUCUGGAGCCCUCAGUGUCCCAGAAGAAGAAAAAAGACGAAUUGUAGCCAUUCAGGUUGUGGUGCUGCUAAUUUACACUCUCCUUUUCCUGCCCAUCAUUAUUGAGCUCCUGUCAAAGAAAAUCGAAUUAAUUCCGUAUCUUCUGUUCAUAUUUUGUCUUUUUCUCAGUCCCCUUGCAGACACAACUCUGUAUUUGUUAACUCGGAAAAGCAUCCUGGAUACAUUUUUGGCCUUACUCUGUUCUUGUAAAGUAUCACACAAUCAGGAGAUGAGCAGCAAGGAUACUGAAAGACCAACUGCUCCAAAUACCAAGACUGUUUAGGGUUUAAUAUCUGGAGCCUCCACAACAAUCUACUGUUUAUGCUUUUUGGGUUGAUUAGCCAAUGUUAUAGCCAAUA